CGCUGCUGCCGCGCUCGCCCCGACUUCGGCUGUUUCCGGAGCCGCUAGCUGUUGGCGGCGCAGACGCUCCCGGCGCGGGCUGCAGAUGUCGGGUCGGCUGGCGGCCGAGGGGCCGGACUUUUGGAGCGCCGCAGCCCGCCGAGGGUCGGCGGGCGGCGUCGGGGACGGCCCGGGAGUGGAGGGGAGCCAGGUGGCCGUCUCAGAGAAUGAAGAUCUAGAAAACACCAAGACCACCUCUUCACUGGCUUCUGCCUCUGAUCCAGUAGCCCAUUUCUCACCUCACAGGCCACAGAUGGUAUCUCCAGGGAGUAAGGAUGCCACGGAAAAUCUGCAGAAAUCAGCCAGUGCCUUGGAGAAUCAGGCUUUGGUGGAACAGGAUUUACUGCCUGCAGACCAGGCUCAAGUCCUCAGUGAGAUGGCCAAGUACCGACUUCCGAAAAGAUCUGGAGACAUCGUUAUGAUCCAGUCUGAGCAUACAGGAACGAUAGAUAUUCUUUCAUCGGAUUUGGAAUGUGCAGAUCUUCUGGGGGACCACAGGAAAGUCUCCCCACCUCUGAUGGCUCCUCCGUGCAUCUGGACCUUUGCCAAGGUGAAGGAAUUCAAAAGCAAGCUGGGCAAAGAGAAGAAUAGCCGUCUGGUGGUGAAGCGGGGUGAGGUGGUGACCAUCCGGGUACCUACCCAUCCAGAGGGGAAGCGUGUCUGCUGGGAGUUUGCGACUGAUAACUAUGACAUUGGCUUUGGAGUUUAUUUUGACUGGACACCUGUAACAAGCACUGACAUAACUGUGCAGGUCAGUGACUCCAGCGAGGAUGAGGAGGAAGAAGAGGAUGAUGAGGAGAAUAUUGAAGAACCCGUCCCUGUGGGAGACGUGGAGAGAGGUUCCAGGAGCUCCCUGCGGGGUCGCUAUGGGGAGGUCAUGCCUGUGUACCGGCGGGACAGCCACCGAGAUGUGCAGGCUGGCAGCCAUGACUACCCUGGGGAGGGCAUCUACCUGCUCAAGUUUGACAACUCCUACUCCCUGCUACGCAACAAGACUCUCUACUUCCACAUCUACUACACUAGCUGAAGGAUGCUGGGAUGGGGGCAGGCCAUAGUUGCUGGCUGAAGCAGGCUGCAAGCUGGUGCCUCUUGUUUUGGAUAUGCAAGAGCUGAAAGUUUGUGUGAGGCUCCUGGGCCUCAUGUGCUGCCUGGCAUGCCUGACUGUUGGCCCCACAUAGCCUUUUCCCCUUCUUGGCUUCUGCAGUUGGUGGUGUGGUGCCCCGUUCUGUGGUCCCUAAGUCACACUCUUGUUGCUUCAGAUUCCAGCAAAAUCCCUCUCUGAAGGCACCUACCAGGCAAAACCCUAAAAGGAAACAGAAUAUUAUCUUUUAAAAAUAGAUUUCUGUUGGUGUAA